CAAAUGAAAUUAUUUCAAUUUGACACGUUGCCUUGUAACAGCUUUGUUGGGACUUUUUGGACAUAAUGGCUCCAGUUACACCCUUGUUUGGCGCGUCGCCAAAGACUACCAAUAGAGAAGUUGAACACUGGAUGAACAACUUGAAUGAGGUACAAAGCGUUAUCAAUUCGGUGGAGCCAAAGCUUACCGCUACGGGGGGAAAGUGGAAAGCCGUGGCACAACACGUAAAGGAGGUUUCUGACGAACUGAGUCAAAUUUUCAACAAGGAGGACCCUCACUUUGACGUCAUUAUUGCUGGAGUAAACUCUGGUAGGAAGUUUGAAAAUGCCCAAGCGGAAGUUUCGAAGAGCGACAUGGUCAGAGAAAGGGCGUUGAUGAGGCUAAAGAAAUAUCGUGAUGAAAUAGAAGUCCUUAGACGAGAGUACAAAGAAAGAGAGAAAGUUAGAGAGCGCUAUGAUCACUAUCGAGUUAAGUUAGAUAACUUGGAGAAAAAGGGUAAAGAUCAACCAAGAAUCGAACGCAACCAGCAGAAGCUGAAAGACGCAGAGGAUGCUUAUCACGCAGUUACUGCAGAGUUGAUACAGAAAAUGGAAACCAGCUGGAAAAAACACGUAGAAAUUUUUGCCGAAGCAUCUAUUGCAUUAUGGCACACACAAAUGCUUAUGAUUGAUGAGUUUUCCAAAUCUUCCGAGGAGAUACGUUCAUAUGUUCAAGAUUAUCUCAGCAAUCUGAAGACAAACAGCGGGAAUUAUACUGGUGAUAGGACGUCUUCAACUGUUGAGGAGGGUGCCGACCUGUCGAAGAGUGGAGGCAGUGAAGAAGGGAAGUUUACACGUCCAUUUCAUGAUUCGAAGCAUACAACAGAAAACUCAGAUAGUUCGUCUCCAACUUUAGAAGUGAACGGAAAGCAAGGCUCCUCAUCAGACGUCUAUCGAUCGAUGAGAAGUACACAAGCCUGAGCUACUUGUGUUUGUUGUUCGUGUGAUUGUUUGAAUGUUAUGAAUGGCACUUUGUGUCAUUUGAAAUUGGUUUGCAUAAACUUUCUUGUUAUCAUCAUCCAAUAAGAUUUCUAUUGCAGUGGGCUUUUGCUUUGGU